CAUCCAGUUUUAACUAGUCAAGAAUACUAAUCGGCUGUCUAUUAAACCAAACCUCUGUCUCAUCCCAUCGAGUGUCCAUAUGCGCCAUUAUAUGUGCUGCCUAGUUCGCAUUUCUUCUGGUAUGUUGGACUCUGCCCGCCUCUUCUCCCUGUAGCAACUUCCUGAUAUUCAACACAAUAGUGUCCAGCUCGGUGUAGUUCACACAAGCUUCCCUAAUCCAUUUGACUACUGUCAAGCAGUCUGAUUCCACCAACAAUGUUCCUAACUGAUGUCGUCGAACUAGCUGCAAUCCGAGUUCCAUAGCCAGCGCUUCACCCGUCGAUUGGUCAUGCUUCCCACGUACCUUCCUUGCCGCUGCCAUUAUAAACCUUCCAUCAUGAUCUCUGAUAACCACACCCAGUCCAGUGCUCUCCUCACUAAAGCCAGCAUUCUGUUUUUGUCUAGGGCUUCAGGUUCUUAUCUUUGCCUUUGUGAUGUCAUCAUUCUGUUUUUGUUAUUGCUUUUCAACAAAUAGCGUGACUAACUGUUUGAACGUAAGCAAUCAUAGAUAGAUGCAGCUAGAGGUGACAAUUGGAUCGGAUUCGUGGAUUCGUAGAUUGGAUUGGUGGAUCCAUGGAUCAAAUGGAUUGGUGGAUUCAUGGAUUGGAUCAAAUGGAUUGGUGGAUUGAUCCAUGAAUCCAAAUGACAUCAAAGGCUUGGACCAAAAUGUAAAAUUUGAAAAGUUCAUCCACCAUCUCAUCGCGAAUCGCGUCGUUCCGGCCGACACGGCCAUCUCCACUGUCCUCGGCGGCCCUGUGAAGCUCUUCACUUCGAGAUGCGUUGUUGAGGAGUUUAAGCGCCGAUGGCAGGGGCAGCCGCGGGGCAGGGAGAGAGUGAGAGGGCCGGCGGCGGCUCGCGGCAGUGAGAGAGUGAGGGAGAGGCGCGGCGGCGGCAGGGAGAGGGUGAAAUCGCGAUGGUGGACUGGAAAAUCGGGAAUGGAACUCUGGAAUCGCGAGGGCUGCGGCAGUUUAGGGAUUUAGGGGGUGAGGGAGACGGCGUCAUUUUAGGGGGGUGAGGGAGAGCGCCGGUUAGUCGGUUUAACCGGCGGUUAUUUGCUUCGGUUAGCCGGUUAACCGGCCUCCUCAACCCCUCUACCGCCAACCGCCCCGCGACAUCGUUUUUCGGUUAUCGGUUAACCGGUAACCGCCGGUAAUCGGUUUAACCGACCGGUUAACCGGCAACCGAUAACCGAAUGGCCAGCCCUAGAAGAUACAGCUGCAGGCUUCUUGCUCAGAGAAACCCGAAAAAUAUUAAUGGAAGUAUUAUGCUGCAUUGCUUCGAUAAGGUUUUGUCUUCAUUUCCACUACUUAAUUUUAAUUAAUAUUCGCUUUCACUUAUUAAUUAUGUCAUGACUGAUAAAAAAAAAUUGAACAAGAAUAAAAAAUAUAAAGAUUUACGUUGU